UAACUGGUUGACCUUUAGAAAUUCCUGGUUGAGUAAGAUGCCAUUCAGCACUGACUGGUGACCAGCAUGAGGAGGAAACUGUUGUGGCUGAGUAAGGAUCCUCCACAUGCUGCUGAAUCUUAGAUGACUAUGAGUAAAAUUCACCUAAAUGAGAGGAUUUUUUUUUUUUUUUUUGGUGUCCAAUAGUUUCAACCUAAUUUAAAACAUUUCUCAUUGAGGAACCGGAACUCUAAUUUACACAAAGAGUCAAAUUUCUCUCUUGAAGUGUUGUUUUGUCUUACAGUGUUUACUCUGCUGGUUCACAUCUACCACCUUGUUACCUUUUAACUCACUGACCUGACAUUUUACUGAUCAUGACUUAGGAGCUCUUACUUUAAGGGAAGCUAAUAAACUGGAUCUGAUUGGGUGAAUGAAGACAUGCCAAGUAGGGAGAGAAGGCGGGUGGUGCUUUCCGCUCCACCCCAGGUGUCACAGCCUUUUUAAACAGAGAGGAGGAGGAAGAGCGACAUCAUCAUCAUCAGCAGCAUCCCUUCGCUCACCUGACCUGGUGUUUCCCUGGAUAACCUGCUAUGAGGACCAAAGGACUGACCUGUCAGAAGUGAAACGGAGGUCAGUGGUCAGAUCAACCCCCAUCACCACUACAGAGGCCGUCUCUAUCAAAGACACCGACGCCACCUCAGACACAUCUGAACCGCCUGCAGCCGUCCCCGUAGCUGCUGCUUCUGUCCCAGAGGUCGAUCCACUUGUCCUCGUUGACACUUCCAACAUGGCUGACCUGUCUGCUGAUGACAGCAAAUACCUCUACCUGGAAAACGACUUCCGUAACAGCGGAGUGGCCCAGGCUGACUGGGCGGCCAAGAAGAUGGUGUGGGUGCCGUCAGAGAGGGAGGGCUUUGAGGCGGCCAGCAUCAAGGAGGAGAAGGGAGAGCAGGUUUUGGUGGAGCUCUCCAACGGUCAGAAGGUGAUGGUGAACAAAGACGACAUCCAGAAGAUGAACCCUCCAAAGUUCAGCAAAGUGGAGGACAUGGCCGCCCUCACCUUCCUCAACGAGGCAUCCGUCCUGCACAACCUGAAAGAGCGAUACUUCUCCAGCCUGAUCUAUACGUACUCAGGUCUGUUCUGUGUGGUGGUCAACCCCUACAAGAUGCUGCCCAUCUACUCGGAAAAGAUCAUUGAGAUGUACAAGGGCAAGAAACGCCACGAGGUGCCGCCGCACAUCUACUCCAUCACAGACAACGCCUACAGGAACAUGCUGCAGGACCGAGAGGACCAGUCUAUUCUCUGCACGGGUGAGUCUGGAGCCGGGAAGACAGAAAACACCAAGAAGGUGAUUCAGUACCUGGCUGUUGUUGCCUCCUCACACAAGGGCAAGAAGGACGCCAACCCACAGCAGCAAGCAGGAUCUCUGGCUUUCGGGGAGCUGGAAAAGCAGCUGCUGCAGGCUAAUCCCAUCCUGGAGGCUUUUGGCAACGCUAAGACCAUCAAGAAUGACAACUCCUCACGAUUUGGGAAGUUCAUCAAACUAAACUUUGAUGUGACCGGCUUCCUUGUUGGAGCAAAUAUUGACACCUACCUGCUGGAGAAGUCACGCUGCAUCCGUCAGGCCAACACAGAGAGAGCCUUCCACAUCUUCUACUACAUGGUGGCUGGAGCCAAAGACAAGAUGAGGGAGGAGUUGCUGCUCGAGGACUUCAGCAGCUACCGUUUCCUGAUAGCCGGUCACGUGGAGAUCCCUGGUCAGGAGGACGAUGAGCUCUUUGAUGAAACUCUGGAAGCAAUGGAGAUCAUGGGCUUCACAGAAGAGGAGAGAUUAGGAAUGCUGAAGGUGGUUUCUACUGUUCUCCAGCUGGGAAACAUCAAGUUUGAGAAGGAGAGGAACAGCGAGCAGGCCACCAUGCCCGACAACACCGCUGCCCAGAAGGUGUGCCACCUGCAAGGCAUCAAUGUGACCGACUUCACCCGCGCCAUCCUCACCCCGAGGAUCAAAGUGGGGAGGGAGGUGGUGCAGAAGGCUCAGACCAAACAGCAGGCUGAUUUUGCUGUGGAGGCUCUGGCUAAAGCCAUGUACGAGCGUCUGUUUCGGUGGAUUCUUGCCAGAGUCAACAAGACGCUGGACAAGAGUAAGAGACAGUCGUCAUCCUUUCUGGGAAUCCUGGACAUCGCUGGUUUUGAGAUUUUUGAGGAUAACUCAUUUGAGCAGCUCUGCAUCAACUACACCAAUGAGCGUCUGCAGCAGCUCUUCAACCACACCAUGUUCAUCCUGGAACAGGAGGAGUACAAGAGGGAGGGCAUCGAGUGGAACUUCAUCGACUUCGGCUUGGACCUGCAGCCCUGCAUCGAGCUCAUCGAACGGCCGAACAACCCCCCGGGUAUUCUGGCUCUGCUCGAUGAGGAGUGCUGGUUUCCCAAAGCAACCGACCAGUCGUUCGUGGACAAGCUUCUGAACACACACACUGGUCAUGUCAAGUUCUCCAAACCCAAACAACACAAAGAUAAACUGAUGUUCACUGUGCUACACUAUGCCGGCAAGGUUGAUUAUAAUGCAGCUAGCUGGCUGACAAAGAACAUGGACCCUCUGAAUGACAAUGUAACGGCUCUGCUCAACAACUCCUCCAGCACCUUCAUUCAAGACCUGUGGAAAGACGUGGACCGUGUGGUGGGUCUGGAUACAAUCACCAAAAUGUCUGAGAGCUCUGCUCCCAGCUCCACUAAAUCAAAGAAGGGCAUGUUUCGUACGGUGGGUCAGCUGUACAAAGAGUCUCUGGGUAAACUGAUGACCACUCUGCACAACACGCAGCCCAACUUUGUCCGCUGCAUCAUUCCCAACCACGAAAAGCGGGCAGGUAAGAUGGACGCUCACCUGGUGCUGGAGCAGCUGAGGUGUAACGGAGUGUUGGAGGGCAUUCGGAUCUGCAGGCAGGGAUUUCCUAACCGCAUUGUGUUCCAGGAGUUCAGACAGAGGUAUGAAAUACUGGCUGCCAAUGCCAUCCCUAAAGGCUUCAUGGAUGGAAAACAGGCUUGCGGUCUGAUGGUGAAACACUUAGAUCUGGACCCAAACCUCUAUCGCAUUGGUCAGAGUAAAAUGUUCUUCAGGACUGGAGUUUUGGCUCAGCUGGAGGAGGAGCGAGACCUUAAGCUGACCGUCGUUAUCAUCGCCUUCCAGGCUCAAGCAAGAGGUUUCUUGAGCCGCAAGGCUUUCAGUAAACGCCAGCAGCAGCUGACCGCUAUGAAGGUCAUCCAGCGGAACUGUGCUUGUUACCUUAAACUCAGGAACUGGCAGUGGUGGAGGCUGUUCACUAAGGUGAAGCCCCUGCUCCAGGUGACACGACAAGAGGAGGAAAUGGGUCAAAAAGAGGAGGAGCUAAAAGCGGUCAAAGAGGUGGCAGCUAAAGCUGAGGCUGAACUGAAGGAAAUCAGCCAGAAACACUCUCAGCUGAUUGAAGAGCGAACGCAGCUGGAGUUGAAGCUUCAGGCGGAGACGGAGAUGUACGCUGAGGCAGAGGAGAUGAGGGUCCGUCUGGAGGCCAAGAAGCAGGAGCUGGAGGAGGUGCUGCAUGAGAUGGAGGCGCGGCUGGAGGAGGAGGAGGAUCGCAGCAUCUCCCUGCAGCAGGAGAAAAAAGACAUGGAGCAGCAACUCCAGAUGCUAGAGGCUCACCUCAUAGAGGAGGAGGACGCUCGUCAGAAGCUCCAGCUAGAGAAAUCUGCUGUGGAGGGGAAGGUGAAGAAAAUGGAAGAGGACCUCAUGCUCAUGGACGACCAGAACAACAAACUGCAGAAGGAGCGAAAACUUCUGGAGGAGCGUCUGGCUGACAUGACCUCCAACCUGGCUGAGGAGGAGGAGAAGUCAAAAAAUCUGACCAAACUGAAGACCAAACACGAGUCCAUGAUCUCUGAACUGGAGGUGCGUUUUAAGAAGGAGGAGAAGGCUCGUCAGGAUGUUGAGAAAGCAAAGAAGAAGGUGGAUGCGGAGCUGAAUGAGCUGCAGGAGCAGUACGCCGACCUGCAGGCACAACUAGCCGAGCUCCGAGCCCAGUUAGCUGCUAAAGAAGAGGAGCUGCAAGCUACACAGGCCCGUUUGGAGGAGGAGAGCAUUCAGCGUGGAGCGGCAGUGAAGCGAGUUCGAGAGUUGGAGGUGCUGCUCUCAGAGCUGCAGGAGGAUUUGGAGGCGGAGAAGGCAGCCAGGGGGAAGGUUGAGGCAGCUCGACGGGACCUAGGGGAGGAACUCAAUGCCCUGAGGACCGAGCUGGAGGACAGUUUGGACACCACUGCUGCCCAGCAGGAGCUACGAGCGAAGCGUGAGCAGGAGGUUUUCAUGCUGAAGAAGGCCAUAGAGGAGGAGGGGAGAAACCACGAGGCUCAAAUCCAGGACCUGAGACAGAAGCACAGCCAGGCUGUAGAGGAGCUCACGGAGCAGCUGGAGCAGGCCAAAAGGGUGCGAGUCAAUCUGGAGAAAGCCAAACAAGCCCUGGAGAAAGAGUCAGCAGAUCUAAGCGCUGAGCUGCGAUCUGUCGCCAACGCCAAACAGGAUGUGGAGCACAAGAAGAAGAAAGUGGAGGCUCAGCUGAAUGACAUAAACUCUCGCUUCAGUGAGAGCGAACGUCAGAGGAAUGAGCUCGGGGAGCGAGUCUCAAAAAUGACUAUGGAGCUGGAUAACGUGGCGGGUAUACUGAACGAGGUUGAGGGAAAGAACAUCAAGUUGGGUAAAGAUGUUUCCAGCCUGUCCUCUCAGCUGCAGGAUGCUCAGGAGCUGCUGUCUGAGGAAACUCGUCAAAAGCUGAAUCUGUCUGGACGUUUGCGGCAGAUGGAGGAGGACAGGAACAGCUUGAUAGAGCAGCUGGAGGAGGAGACGGAGGCCAAGCGGGCCAUCGAGAGGCAGGCUUCCAGUCUGAAUAUGCAGGUCAGUAACUGUAAUGAUGAUGUGUGGACACCUGCGGGGAGAGCUUGUUAUGCAGGUAAAGGCAGUGCCUCGUGGUUCUUGGUUGUUACAGUGCUAGCAGCCUCAGGCGUAGUCUUCUCUUUUUUUGUUUUGCUUUCUUUUUUUUCUUUUUUUUGCAACAAAGUUUUCUAAUCAUCAAAUCCAAUUUACUGUCAUUUCACUAUAUUUGACUUUGGCUAUAAUUACAGCCUGAGUAAAAAUACAGUUUUCAAACGAUGAUUUCAUUCAUUAAAGGAACAAAGCUAUCCAGACCAAUCCGACCCUACAUGGAAAAAGUCAUUAACUGCUAAUAAAUCAUGAAAUAACUGCAGAGACUUCAGUUUCACCAACAACACCCAGACCUGCAGACCUGUCGAAAUAUCAAUAAAACAUUUCUGAUAACACAAGUAGGCUAAAAGAUCACAAGACAACACAAAGACCCGUCUCGUGUUUACCACAAACCUCCUGAAGAUCCCCAAUAUGGUGUGGACUGACGAGAUAAAACAGAAACGUUUUAAAGGUGUGUGUCCCGUUCCAUUUGGAGUUAAAAAAAAUAACUCUGCGUUUUUGAGAAACAACCAGGGCUGGACUGGGACAAAAAUUCAGCCCGGGCAUUUUGACUGGAGACCGGCCCAUCACCUGUUUUUUUUUGGAAAAGACAUUAAGCCUUACGCUGUUUCUGACACACACCAACGUUAUUGGUAGUAUUUAUGUAUCAAUCUAAUAAACGUAAACCUACACCAUCCUUCCUAUCCUGGUAUUCUAAAAAGUAGGGUUGGGGGUAACUGAUUAUUUUUAAAAUGAUUAUUCUGAUGAUUAUUUUAUCGAAUAGUCGACUAUUCUAAUGACUAUUUAGAUGAUUAAUCUAGCGAUUAAUAAAAACCAAAAAAUUCUCAAAUAAAUUCCUCCAAAAAAUUGAUAAGUUGUUACUGUAAGAGAAUAAACACUACAGGCCUUCCAUUUUGUAUAACACUGCUUUUAUUGUGUUGCGGUUGUUUAUGUUCUGGUGAUGUGUAGAACUUGGGAGUGCAGGCUGCUGCCUGAGAGGUGGUUGGAGACGGAGUGUCUCCAUGCUGCUUUGUUUUGUUCACUUAUGUGCAUGAGGCAAGUGGUGUUACGACCCUUCCUGGGGAGUCACGUGUUUCUCCUAUUUUAACUGUAAAUCCUUCUAGCUGUUAUAUUUAUAACAAGAAACAGAUAUUCGGACGGAAUAUUUUCAUGUUUAUUCGAAUAUGAUUGUGGAACACACCCAGCAUCAUAAUAAAUGAAGUAAUAUUUAUGCCAAUUUAAGCCUUUAUGGGUGACCAGGACUCUGUGAUCAAUUUUUGGCAAGGGAAAUGAUCAUUUGUUGCCAUUUUUGAAGUGUUUAUGAAUGUGAAAGACACCCAGCAUCCUGUGAUGGCACUAAUAACAUCAAGAGAUAAUAAAUAAAGUAAUAUUUAGGUAAAUGUAACCCUUUACACGUGACCAGGACACUGUAAUCAAUUUUUGGCAAGGGAAUUUAUCUUCUUUUUUUUUUCUUUUUUUUUGCCAUUUUUGGGGUGUUUUUGAUGAUACAGUAGACAGUAUGAGUACAGUAACAUCAACAGAUAAUACAUAAAACCCUUAUUUGGUCAAUUUUAGCCUCCAUGAAAAUCUUAGUGAUUCAAUCACUUUUUGGCAAGUAAAAUGCCAUUUUAGUUGUCUACAAUUAAAUCAUCAAUAAAGAAUUUAAAGAUAUUUUGAGGCGUUUCUUAUAGGUAAACGGGAGGG